AUGCACUUGUUUAGCACCAAAUCCAUUCCACAUGGAAUUGGAGAAACAAUAUUUGAUGAUUGCAAUAAUAGACUUGGGGUAAAUCCUGUUCUUCUCCAAGCUGGGCAGUUAAUAGCACCGAGAUCCCAGUGGGAUCUCGGUGGGAUCUCGUUUCGCGGGUUUUGGAAAAUUGCGGUCAACGACAAACAUAUUUCUCCAUGCCUGCUACGAUGGUGUUGUUCUUGGCUUCUUGCUAAUGCGAUCGAUCGUAAAUCUGCCAUCAAAAUAAGCGACGAGAAGAUUAAUCAAAGCCACCAACGACUCAAGGAAGUUAUCGUUUUUACCAGUAAACAUGGAAGGCCAAUCUUCACAUUCUUCAACAAACCCAACAACUACUACUACAUCAUCAGAUGCUGCACAAUAGGAUUAUCUGAUAAUGAGGAUGAAGAAGACGAGAUACGAGUCAGGGAUGAUAGUAAGAAAAGAAAGUUUGUAAGUUCUAGUAAUGUUCGUGGUCCAAAUGAUUGUGUUUAUAAGAGCGAUCGUGGAAAAGUAUAUCAAAGCACGUUGGAUAAAAACAAUCCAAUCAAAGAGAAGCUGAAGAAUAUUGCUUGGAAAAAGUUUGCGAUUUGGGCUUACGCGGUUAGCUUACCAUUUAAUGUCGUAUGUGAUGAAAGUUUCCAAGAUGUAAUUGAUGCCAUUGGAGAUUAUGGAAAAGUCUUAGGUAUGUCCGCUCCAAGUUACCAUAAUGUUCGGGUGACAUUAAUAAAGGAGGUGUUACAAGAUACUAAUAAGUUUGUGGACUCGUUUCGGUCACAGUGGCAGAAAUACGGAUGUAGCAUUAUGUCCGAUUUUUGGACAGAUGGAAAAGGAAGGGCAUUGAUAAAUUUUUUAGUGAAUUGUCCAACUGGCACGUUUCUUACGGAUAACAGCUCAAACUAUAAAGCUGCGGGAAAAAUUUUAGAAGAAAAACAUCCAAAGUUGUUUUGGACUCCAUGUGCAGCACACUGUGUGAACCUUAUGAUAAAAGAUCUCGAGGAAAAAAUAAAAAAGAUAAAGGGUGCUUUGACUGAUGCAAGAGCGAUUGUGGUUUACAUUUAUAAUCAUGGAAGAAUUUUGAACAUGAUGCGAAAGUUGACCAAGAAUAAAGAGUUGCACAGGUCAUGUAUAACUAGGUUUGCCACUCAGUACUACACUUUACAGAGUGUACAUGAGAAUCGCCAUCACCUUCAAGUGUUGUUUGUUUCUAAACAAUGGACAAAAAGUGCAUUUGUAAAGAAAGUUGUGGGAAAGAAGGUGGAGAGGAUAGUUGCAAAGCAAGAAUUUUGGGACGAUGUGUAUUUAUCUUGUCAAGUAUUUGCACCUUUGGUAGAUAUGAUUCUUUUGGUUGAUAGGGAAGAUCAACCAUGCAUGGGUUAUAUCUAUGAUGCAAUGAGUCGAGCAAAUAAGCAAAAAUUUAAAAGGUGGGCCUAA